AUGGUAAGCAGCAUAUCAGACAAACUGAACACGGCAACGAAAAAAAUUCUUCUACUUCGGCAUUGCGUUUUCUUCUUACGAUGCCCAGAACAAUAUAUCUACCAUCAUGUCCUCUACACAACCGGCACCGCCACUUCGUACAAUAACCCUUCUUUACGCAAUGAAAUCUCCUCCAAAUUUGCAAACCGAGAUUAUUCAAGCAUUUUCUCAAAUUCAAAUUUAACGUACGAAUGUAAUGUUCGAAUGAGUGAAUUGGGUCGUUUAGGAAAAGUAAAUGCAGCCCGUAAAUUGUUCGGCGAAAUGACUGAACGAGACGCUGUUUCUUAUUCUUCCAUGAUCGCCCUUUAUCUCAAAAACAACGACUUUCACAAAGCAGAAGGGAUUUUCCGAGAAAUUCCGGAUAGUAAAAGAAACAUUGUGGCUGAUUCUGCAAUGAUUCAUGCUUAUGUCGAGGCUGGUAAAAUUGAUGAAGCACAGAAAAUCUUCGAUCAAAUGCCAGCAAGGAAUGCAUUCUCUUGGACCAGUUUGAUAUCAGGGUAUUUUAGAAUUGGAAAGGUUGAUGAUGCUCGAGAGCUUUUUUAUAAAAUGCCCGAAAGGGAAAAAAAUGUGGUCACUUGGACUAAUGUAAUUUUAGGUUAUGCUCGAAAUGGGUUGAUUAACGAAGCUCGGGAUGCUUUUGAUCAAAUGCCUGCAAAAAACGUGGUUGCAUGGACUGCAAUGAUAAGUGCUUAUUUUGGGAAUAACCAAGUUGACAAGGCACUUGAAAUCUUUUACAUGAUGCCUCAACCUAACUUGUAUUCUUGGAAUGUUAUAAUUAAGGGUUGUUUGGAUGGUAACAGAGUAAAUGAAGCAAAGAAACUGUUUGAUUCGAUGCCUUGGAAGAAUGUUGUUUCUUGGACUACAAUGGUUAUGGGUCUUGCACGAAAUGGGAUGAUUGAGUUGGCGAGGAUAUAUUUUGAUCAAAUGCCAAAUAAGGAUAUUGCUGCAUGGAACGCAAUGAUUACGGCAUAUGCUGAUGAAGGCCAAAUGGUCAAGGCUAGUGAGCUUUUUGAUUUGAUGCCUACUAAAAACUUUGUGACGUGGAAUGCGAUGAUUGAUGGGUAUGCCAAAAAUUGUCAAGAGAAUGAAGCUUUCAAGCACUUUGUCCUGAUGUUUCGCAGCUGCAUGUGGCCAAAUGAAAAAACUCUUACUAGUCUCCUGAUCUCUUGUGAAAGUACUUUAGGAGUGUCCCAAGCACAUGGGCUUGUUGUGCAGCUUGGAUCUCAUCCUGAAAUGGAGAAGAUUUACACGGUGCUACAGGAUAAGCUUCUCCCUCUAAUGCAAGAGAAGGCUUACGAAAAUGCAAUCCUACCUGCUAUGCAAUAG